AGAUUUUUUUAAACAGUGGUGGAAAAUAAUGAAAAAUCAACAAAUCACUAACAAUGACGUCGUGCAGCAUCUUAAGACUGAAUGUGCAGAGGAGAACGAGGAGACCGUGAGUGGCAGUCCGUUCAAAGUCCGGGUUUUCAAAAGACGGUGGCUUCAGCUUUUCUUAUUUGUUUUAUGCGGCAUAUGCAGCAGCUAUCAAUCGCCUCAAUUCACGAUCAUCAGCCAUAUUAUAAGUCGGUACUACGACGUCUCGGUCUUAGCAGUCGCAUCGACCAACAUCAUGUUGAUGGUGGGCUACUCAGUUUUCCUCUUCCCUGGCUUGUUUUUAAUGGAACGGAUAGGCAUGAAAUGGACAGUCGUCAUAGGAGCCGCACUCACGUGUCUUGGAGCUUGGAUUAAGGUUUUGGCAACAGCACCAGAUCGGUUUCCGGUUCUUCUGACAGGCCAGGCGAUAGUUGCGGUCAGUCAGGUUUUCAUUUCUCCAGUUCCGGGAAAAUUGGCAGCAUUCUGGUUCGGAAAAAACGAACUUGCCCUUGCUACCGCCAUCGGCUGCUACGCGGUUCAGAUCGGCGUGUUAACCUGCUGCUUGUCCGUUCCAAUUUUCGUCAAAAACCACGAUGACGUCGAAAAAAUUGGGCAGGAAUUGUCCGCUAUUUACUGGAUACUCGCGAUUGCAUGUUCAGUCGUGACGGUGGGCGUAUUUUUUCUUUUUCAGGAUGAACCUUCCAUUCCACCGAGCGAGUCACGUGCGCUUCAAAAAUCCACGCACGAGAAUUUUGGUGAAGGGGUUUUGGUGUCCUUAAAAAAAAUAGUAAUAGAGAACAAAAACUUCGUCAUUCUUUGGAACUCUUAUGGUUUGAUUGUUGGCAUGUUUCUCUCAAUGGGGAUAGCUUCUAAUCCGUUGUUCUUAACUCGCUUCAAGGACAGCGAAGUUGAUCUAGGAAUAAUAGGGGUGUUGAUGUUCUCUCUGGGUACCAUAGGUUCGGUAAUCAUCGCAUCAAUUCUCGACAAAACGAAGAAAUUCAGAGUCAUCAGCAUCGCCGUGACCAGUUCCUCCGUACUUUGUCAAAUACUUUUCGCCGUUACCUUGAUCAUGGAAAUUAAAUGGACGGUGUUUCUGUCAGCUUCGCUUUUCGGCAUUUCUCUCAUCAGUUACAGCGCGAUUGGAUUUGAAUUAUGUGCCGAAGCGACUUACCCCGAGUCUCAGGCACUGUCAUCGGGGAUUUUGAGCAUCGCAGGACAAUUGUAUGGCGCUAUCCUAACUCCACUUACCCUCAAGGUGAUAGGCGUGUACGGAGACAUAGCUGGACACGUGGUCAUUGCCGUCAUUCUUAUCCUAGGAACUUUUUUGACGAUAACGAAUAAAAUUGAUCUGCGUAGGCAAAGAGCUGAAGAACAUGCUGCACAAUAUAAUGCGCUGAGUCAAGGAGCGUCACAUCAAAUUGACAAGUGAUAUUGAUUUUGUUAGUCCUUGUCCACGAUUUCAGUUUACUCUCGUUAAUAAUAUAUA